AUGAGUGGUCAGUUAGAAAACUUUGAACAACAAAUUUGUGUUCAAAAGUGGCAACACUUUGAUGACAACAAAAAUUAUACAAAAAUUGAUGACGUGAUCAGUGAUGCCCGUAAAGAGUUGCGGGCAAUGAUGGACAACUAUGUAAUUCCCGGAGCUGUAGUAGCUUUCAGUAUUAAAGGCAAAACUGUUUGGUCGGAAAGUUUUGGUUUAUCAGAUAUCGAGAACAAUGUGCUCACACAUGUGGACAGUCCGUGGAGAUUGUGUAGUAUUAGUAAACCGGUUACAUCAGUACUGGUCGGUCAGCUAUUAGACAAAAAACUGUUGGAUUUGGACAAACCUAUUAACGACUAUUUGCCGCUCAGUUUGUUUCCCAUUCAUCGAUACAAUGGCACUGAAUAUAAACUAACACUUAGACUACUGAUGUCACAUACGGCUGGUGUUUAUAUAAAAUUAUAUACCGAUAAUAUGACACCAUUUUUCAAAGCAACAAAUGUUACGCAAAUGAUAAAAUUGUUUGACAACCAAACCUUGCUUUUUAAACCGGGAACCAAAUGGGAUUACUCUAAUUAUGGCAUUCAAGUGGUCGGUGCUAUUAUAGAGUCGGUAUUGAAAAACAAUUUUGUCGAUGAAAUGUCGAAACUGUUUGCUAAAAUUGGUAUGAAUUCAACUGUUUUGGAAAAACAUGAAAAUCUACUCAAACAUAGACCCAGAUAUUACUCUGCAUUACCCGAUAAGCCAACUGUACUCCAAAAUAGCGAUCUGACUGACGAUAUGUUUAACUACGAGGGCUGGUGGCCGGCCGGUGGUAUACUAUCAACUGUUACCGAUAUGUUAAGGUUUGGCAACACAAUGAUUGAUGCCUAUCACGGAACUGAUCAAUCAAUAGUUAGUCAAUCACCAAUUAAAGAGUUAUGGAAACCCGAAACCAUUGGCAAAUAUAUACCGCCGAUAUAUAAUGCAGAUUAUGGAAAACAAUGGAUGAUUUAUCAUACAAAUGCUAGCUAUCCGUACAAACUGGUUGUAGGACAUGGAGGUAGUCUAUUGGGUACAUCAACACAGUUAACAUUGUUUCCCAAUGAACGUAUUGUCGGUACAGGUUUUGCCAAUAAAGGAGGUAUUAUUAUAUGGCCUGACUUUAUAGCAAAAGUGGCUGAAAAAUUAAAAAAUUUAAUUUGA